AGUCCUGAGUGAGCCGCAUGUCAGUCCCACCCUUUCCACUAUCUAGUCUCUAGAGAAACCCCAAAACCCUCUUCUUCUUCUUCUUCUUCCCUCUCAAUUCUCGCGGCGACCGUCUUCUUCUUCUUCCGCAUGACUCCUCCGGCCGUCCUCAUCAAAUAGCACACCAGUAAACCAAAAAACUAGAGCAAAGAUGAGUACGGUGGACAAGAUGCUCAUCAAGGGAAUCCGGAGCUUCGACCCGGACAACAAACACGUCAUCACCUUCUUCAAGCCCCUAACCCUAAUCGUCGGCCACAACGGCGCCGGAAAAACCACCAUCAUCGAGUGCCUCAAGCUUUCCUGCACCGGCGAGAUGCCUCCCAACGCCAGGUCCGGCCACAGCUUCAUCCACGACCCCAAAGUCGGCGGCGAAACCGAGACCAAGGGCCAGAUCAAGCUCCGGUUCAAGACCGCCGCCGGCAAGGACGUCGUGUGCAUUAGGUCGUUUCAGCUCACUCAGAAAGUCUCCAAGAUGGAGUUUAAAGCCAUCGAGAGCGUCCUCCAGACUAUUAAUCCCCACACUGGAGAGAAAGUUUGCCUUAGCUAUAGAUGUGCUGACAUGGAUAAGGAAAUCCCUGCUUUAAUGGGCGUCUCGAAGGCUAUUCUCGAAAAUGUGAUCUUUGUUCACCAGGACGAAGCCAAUUGGCCUUUGCAAGAUCCUUCCACCCUGAAGAAAAAGUUUGAUGAUAUCUUCUCUGCCACUCGGUAUACCAAGGCAUUGGAGGUAAUUAAAAAACUUCACAAGGAUCAAGCUCAAGAGAUAAAGACUUACAAGCUAAAAUUGGAGAAUCUUCAGACCUUGAAAGAUGCUGCAUACAAGCUUCGUGAAAGCAUUGCUAAAGAUGAGGAAAGAACAGAAUUAGUGAAAAGACAAAUGCAGGAGUUGGAGGGCAGCAUUCAUGAUCUGGAUGCUAAAAUUCUUAAUGCUAGUGAAACACUGAAGCAUCUGCAGAACCUGAAUGACCAGCUAUCUACGAAUAAAGCUGUUAGAAGCACUCGACGUGAUGAAAAGAGGAGACAGAAAGCAGAUCUUCCAGAAAAAAAUAUAGACACUGAUGAAGAGUUGAAGGAAUGGAAAACUAAGUUUGAUGACAGAAUUCGAGAUUUAGGAACUCAAAUUUUUAAGCUGGAGAGGGAACAGGAUGACACAAAGACCAAAAGUAAUUUCCUUGGUCAGACAAUAAAGGAUUCUAUAUGGGAUGUUAGCAAGCUUCAAAAUGAAGCUAAUGCUUAUUUGGACUUAAAGAAACAGAGGGAUUCAACCAUUCAAAAUUUGUUUGCAAGGCACAAUUUAGGUUCUCUUCCAGAUCCCCCCUUCAACAAUGAAGUUGCUAUAAACUUGACAGAUAGAAUAAAAUCAAGGUUGCGUGAUCUAGAAAAGGAUUUGCAAGAUAAGAAGAAGUUAAAUGAAGCUGAAGUCAAAAAAGCAUGGGACCGGUACAUGGAAUCAAAUGAUCGUUGGAAACUAAAGGAAGCGCAGCACCAGGCUAAAGCAGAAAUAAAGAAUGACCUUUUGAAGCGUAUCGAGAAGAAAAAUGAGCGUGAUUCUUUUGAAAGUUCAGUUUCAAACUGUGACCUGUCUCGCAUUGAUGAGAAAGAAAAAAACAUGCGAAUUGAGGUUGAGCGAAAGACAAAUCAGCUUGCUGUUAGAGAUUUUGAUUCAGUCAUUCGUCAAAAGCAGAGUGAGGUGUUUCGCAUUGACCAAGAUAUUACUGCCGUUACUCGAGAGAAGAAUGUCUUAGAUGGUGACAGGGAUGAUAGAGUAUUACUGUCUCACAAGAAGACAGACUUGGAGAUUCAUAAAAGGAAACACAGAAAGAUAAUUGAUGACUACAAGGACAGAAUUAGGGGAGUGCUAAAAGGAAGGCUUCCUCCGGACAAGGAUUUGAAACAUGAAAUCACUCAGGCCUUGAGGGUUGUUACCAUGGAGUUUGAUGACUUGAGCACCAAAUCUCGUGAAGUGGAGAAGGAGGUGACUAUGUUUCAGAUGAAAAUACAAGAAGUUAAUAAUAACCUCUGUAAACACCGUAAAGAUCUGGAGUCAAAGAGGAGAUAUAUUGAAACUAGACUUCAGGCCUUAGAUCAGCAAUCUUUUACUGUUGAUUCCUAUACCAAAGUCUUGGAUUCAGCCAAGGAGAAACGAGAUGUGCAUAAAAGCAAAUACAACUUUGCAGAUGGUAUGCGACAGAUGUUUGAUCCUUUUGAAAGAGUGGCUCGUGCUCAUCAUAUAUGUCCUUGUUGUGAACGCCCUUUUUCUCCAGACGAGGAAGAUGAAUUUGUUAAAAAGCAAAAAGUGAAGGCAGCAACUUCUUCUGAGCAAAUAAAAGCACUCUUAGUGGAAUCCUCAAGUGCUGACUCUUUCUUUCAGCAAGUGGACAAGCUUCGCAUGUUUUAUGAGGAAUAUUUAAAAAUCGGCAAGGAAGCAAUCCCUAAUGCUGAGAAAGAACUAUCUGAGCUUACUGAAGAGAUGGAACAAAAGUCCCAGGCCCUUGAUGAUGUGUUAGCUGUUUCUGCUCAAGUCAAGUCUGAUAAGGAUUUAAUUGAGGCCUUGGUGCAACCCAUUGAAACUGCUGACAGACUACUUCAAGAAAUACAAAUACGCCAGAAGGAAGUUGAUGACUUGGAGUAUAAGCUUGAUAUUCAAGGGCCAGGUGCAAAAUCCUUGGAGGAUAUUCAGUUAGAGCUGACUAAUCUGCAAAGCAAAAAGGAUAAUUUGCAUGCAGAACUAGAGAAGUUAAGAGAGGAACAAAGGUACAUGGAAGGUGAUUUGUCAAGCAUUCAAAUGCGGUGGCACAGUGUAAGGGAAGAGAAAAUGAGGGCAGAAAAUAUGUUUCAUGAUUAUGAAAGGACAGAAGAAGAGUUAGAGCGUUUGGCCGAUGAGAAGAGUCAAAUUGAACUCGAUGAGAAGCUUUUCGCCGAGGCUCUUGGCCCUUUAUCAAGGGAGAAAGAUAAAUUACUUAAUGACUACAAUGAAAUCAAAGCUGAACUUGGUCGCCAGUGUGAGGAGCAAGCUGAACAAAGCAGAAAUUACAAGCAGGAAGUGGAUGAACUACUUAAGACUAAUUCUAAAAUUAAAGAGUACAAUGAUUUAAAGAAAGGAGAGAGGUUGCAGGAACUGCAAGAGAAGCUACGUCUAUCAGAAUCUCAACUUCAAAGUUGUGAUACUAGAUUGCAGGAAAUUUCAGCUGAAUUAGGAAGAAGUAAUAAGUUAAUGGAGAGUCAAGAAGAGCUGAGGCGAAAUAUUGAUGCCAAUUUGAAUUACAGGAAAACCAAAGCUGAAGUACGUCUACUUACUCAAGAGGUCGAAUCACUCGAAGCAGAAAUCCUACAAUUUGGUGAGAUAUCCAAAUUUGAAGCUGAACUUCUAAAGCUCUCACAGGAGAGAGAGAGGCUUCUUUCAGAGUUAAACAAGUUUCAGGGAACAAUAUCGGUUUACCAGAGCAAUAUCUCAAAUCAUAAAGUUGAUCUCAAACAGGCACAAUACAAGGAUGUUGAUAAGCGGUACUUUGAUCAGCUUAUCCAGCUAAAGACGUCUGAGAUGGCAAACAAGGACCUGGACAGAUACUACAAUGCGCUUGACAAAGCACUGAUGCGCUUCCACUCAAUGAAGAUGGAGGAAAUAAAUAAGAUUAUAAGGGAGUUGUGGCAGCAGACUUACAGAGGACAAGAUAUAGAUUAUAUAUGUAUACAUUCAGAUUCUGAAAGUGCUGGGACUCGUUCAUAUAGCUACAAGGUUCUCAUGCAGACCGGUGAUACAGAGCUAGAAAUGAGAGGAAGAUGUAGUGCUGGUCAGAAGGUGCUUGCUUCCCUGAUCAUAAGGUUGGCUUUAGCUGAAACUUUUUGCCUGAAUUGUGGAAUACUAGCACUAGAUGAACCAACUACCAACCUGGACGGACCAAAUGCUGAGAGUCUUGCUGCUGCUCUUGUUAGAAUUAUGGAGGACCGGAAAGGGCAGGAGAACUUUCAGUUGAUAGUAAUUACUCAUGAUGAGCGCUUUGCUCAACUAAUUGGCCAGCGCCAGCAUGCAGAAAAAUAUUAUCGAGUGACAAAGGAUGAUCACCAGCACAGCAUUAUUGAAGCCCAAGAGAUUUUUGAUUGA